AUGAGCAUAGUUGAUGAUAAUGGCGUUGCUGAUUUCCCAGCAGAUUUGGAAAUUCUCAUAGUUGAUGAAGAUAGAACCUCUCUCCUAGUGUUGGAAACAAUGCUUCGAAAGCUGUUUUACCGAGUUACCAAGUGUCAGAAUGCGAGUGAGGCGCUUGCUUUGCUUCGACGAAGCAAAUUCAGAAUUGAUAUUGUCAUCUGUGAUUCACAUUUGCCUGACAUUGAUGGACUCGAGCUUGUUGAUAUCAUUGUAUCAGAGAUGGACUUGCCUGUCGUUAUGAUGUCUUCAGAUGAAAGACGACGAGUUGUUGUGCAGUAUAUAAUCAAAGGAGUUUGUGAUUAUUUGGUGAAACCAGUUCGAAUGGAAUCCGUUAGUCUCAUUUGGCAGCAUGUGGUUCGCAAGAAGCAACGUAUCUUUCAAGAAUUCCAGCACCCUGGCAUUGAAAACAUUAACAUUAAUGUUACCGACAGGUUAAACUUAUUACAACCGUCUAAGGAUGCAGCUGCUGCUAAUCGAACCGUCCCAAAAAUGGAUAAAAGAAACCUGCAAUGCGCAAAACGGAGGAGCGGAAAUUCAUCAAAUGACGGUGAAUCCUCUGACGAUGCAACAACCGGGACGACUGGGAAGAAGCCGAGGGUGGUUUGGACACAAGAACUCCAUGAGCUGUUUGUUUCUGCUGUAAAUCAACUUGGACCUGGCAAUGACAUUCCUAGGAAAAUUUUGGAGCGUAUGCAAGCUAUGAAUAUUACUUAUCUUACAAGAGCAAAUAUUGCCAGCCACCUUCAGAAAUACCGCAUGCACCUGAAGAGAGAAAGUGCACGAUCUGCUAGUAACAGAGAUCUCAAUGCCAACCAACAGAUCCAACCCACACCCACUGCUACAUAUCAACUUCCACAGCAAAAUCUCGCGAAUGCAAAUGUUUUAAGUGCAGUUCCAAGUCAUGUCAAUAGAGGGGGCAAUAUGUUUGACCCGAAUCUUGUUUCAGAUUCAAGUCGCUCUGUCCAAACAGAUGCCUCCUUGUACAAUUUCUCUCAGCCGAACUUGUUAUACUGUAACGAUUUCCCUCCUGGUGAUGGUGUUGCCAUCUCAAAUGAAGAAAAUCUUCACGGUAGUGCAGGAAAUGUUAUGGAGCUUCCGAACCCUUUUUCAACUGCUGAUGAGAUGAUCUAUGAACCCUCGUUUUUUGGUAUGUGGACUUCUUUCGCGCACCUUUUGAAUAGCAGCAGGAGGUUGUUGCACUUGCUGGACUUCAAUCUAACAUGGCUGGAUACCUCUCGUGCAGUUCUAAUUGUUUUGGUUUGA